AUGGGCGGCUUACCGACGUCCAGCGAGCUCCCGCCAGGGUUCCGGUUCUACCCGACCGACGAGCAGAUCAUAACCUACUACCUCACCCCCAAGGUGACUGACAAGAACUUUGUCACCACCAUCCUUAUUGAGGUCGAUCUCAAUAAGUGUGAGCCGUGGGAGCUGCCCGAGAAGGCAAAGAUGGGGGAACAAGAGUGGUACUUCUACUGCCGGAAGGACCGCAAGUACCCGACAGGGAUGCGCACCAAUCGUGCCACCGUGGCGGGCUACUGGAAGGCUACCGGCAAGGACAAGGAGAUCUUUGGCCCUUCGCCGUCGAUGCUAAUCGGCAUGAAGAAGACAUUGGUGUUCUAUAAGGGCAGGGCUCCUAGUGGGGAGAAGACCAACUGGGUCAUGCAUGAGUAUAGGAUCAAGGCCCGCAAGGAGGAUAUGCCCUACGCCACAAGUAGUGGCACCGCCGCCCUAAUCGCUACAUCUAAUACGGAUGAGUGGGUGGUUUGCAGGAUCUUCCACAAGAGCUCUGGGAUCAAGAAGGUGGUGAUUCCAUCGUAUGCCAAGGAGCGGAAGCCCAUGCCCAUGCCCAUGCAAGGAAUCGAGCAGCAGCAGCAAUGCUUAGCCGUCGAGUCUGGUACCGCAUGCAUGCUGCCUCCUCUCAUGGACUAUGCCACGUCAUCGUCCACCUUGGCGCCGCUCCCACCACAACUGCAUGCGGCUUCCUCAUACAAGUUGGACGCACUCGCCACCGGCACGUCAACGAUUGCCGAGGCGGGGCUACCAAUGAUGAAUGGGCACUGCUUUGGAAUCCAGCACCACCAGACGACGAUGUUCCCACCGCCGACACCGAUGUCAUUCUACAACCAGCAGGAUCAGAUGCCGCUCCAAAUGAUGGACCAGAGUUUGAUGGCCCGGGUGGAGCCAGGCAGCCAGCCGUCGUCGAUGUUAUCGCAGGAGGACACUGCUGUGACUGGGUUGAGCGACAAUGACGCUGCUGACGGCAUGGAUAUCUCGUUGGUGGACAUGCUCAUGGAUGACAUGUGGAAGUACUGA